AUGUCAGCACCAGCACCAGCACCAGCACCAGCACCAGCUGCAGCAUCUAGCAGUACUCGUCCUAGUACGCCCCGACGACCAAGCCUCGCCGCUAUCAAUAGCGACCCCCGCCAUGAUGGCCCUGGUGGCUGUCCCGUUCGAGUUUUGGGUACUGCACUCAUCUUUGCCUUUUGCAUGCGCAUAUGGAUUAGCGGCAUCUUUCAGUACAUCGAGAUGCAAGAUGUCCAAGGUCGGUGGCCUUUGACGGAUGCCAGUGUAGUGGGCGCCAAUUCGACUUUGCGAAACGAAUCCUUUGGAAGAACAACCUACUUUUGUCCGCUGUUGAAAUACAAUACUAUCUCUGGACAAAACAUCACUGUCAUUAGCCCGAUUGAUUGUUAUCGAUCAAAGAGGUUCGCGGAAGACCUCAUCGGAGGCGUCCGAGAGAUUCGAUACGACCCCAUGACGCCUGAGAAUUUUAUGGAACAAAACGAUUUUGAAACUGAAAAGACACGAUUGCUCCUGGUGAUUUCCUGUGGAAUCAUUUUGUCAAUCGUCUUUGUGAUCGUCUGGGUACGCGUCAUACAGAACGCCCAAAACAAUGAACGGGAGCGAGAGAGGGAUGAAGAACUCGCAAACGACCCUGUUUUGGCACGCAAAGAGCGAGAGAAGCUCAUUCGUUCUAGGUUGUACUUCCAAAAGGUUUCGGCUGAUAAGAAGUCUGUGGACGUCAGCAGCAUCCGUUCAACACGAGAGGAUGCAAACAAUAAGAGCAAGGAAGAAUAUGACGAAGAAGCAGCAUUGGACACAGAAAAAGAAGAAGUCGAAGAAGAAAUGGGGGACGAUGGCUCUGCAAUUGGACCACAGGAUACUUCUACACCAGCACUUGCACCAGCACCACCAGAGGAAACUAAGCCGACUACUUUCUCGGUGCGCUCUCUAGCAUGUACACUGCUGCCCUCCUGGAGACGACCAGCUGGAGUUAGUUCCGAAUGCUGCAUCUGUUUGGAAGAGUACGAACAAGAUGACAUUAUUUGCACCUCCAAGACAGCGGAAUGCAAUCAUGUAUUUCAUGAGCAAUGUGUUACUAGUUGGCUCUUGGCGGGUCAUGAUCAAUGCCCUCUAUGCCGCAUCAAUUUGCUCAAAGAGGAAUCGCUACAAAAACAGUAG